AUGGCCCGUUUGGCUCUCGUCUUUGCCGGGGCUGCCAGCGUGCUGCUAGCAGUCAGAUGCAUUAGUCAUCAAAUGGGUCCAGCUUUCCUGGCGCCGAGCCUGUAUGCGCCUUCACAGUCUGUUGCAGACAGAUGGAUGCAGCGGCCAGUUCAGCAGGUUGUUCCCAAACAGGCUUUCAAGGAGCCUCAGGCCAGAAGCCGCUUUGGUUUUCUCGGCCUGUGCGCUGCUUUGACCUUGCCAGUGGUGGUGUCCAGAAUUACUUGUGGAGCAAAGUGGGGACGACGAAAGCCUAACAAGCCAACAGACUGGAGCCACGAACGCCUCGGAUAUCGUAUCAAAGGUGGUCCCGGCUGGAAUGGCUCUCCACACACCUGGACGGAGCGCAUCCGAUGGGUCCACCGAUACAGGAGGCGAAUCCACAUCCGCCGGAAGGUCGAAGGCACGACGGCACGGCCGAGACUGGCAGUCUUCCGGUCUCAGAUGCACAUGCAUGCUAGUGUCAUUGACGACACAAUUGGCACUGGUGUCACCAUGAUCCAGGUGACUUCAAAGCAGGCCGGCUCGCUGGAGCAGAUUCGCGCCAAACAAGGAUGUGAUGCUGGAAGCGAGAAGACCUGGUCUAUGGACGCAGCAGAAAUUGUAGGAGCUGAAGUUGCGAAGCAAUGCUUGGAGAAAGGCAUCACUAUGGUCGUUUUCGACCGUGCUGGCUUUCCCUACGAAGGUCGUGUCAAGGCUGUCGCGGAGGCAGCCCGCAGUGGUGGACUUCAGUUCUGA